AUGCUCAGAAAUAUCUCGCCUGCUGCUCGGGCUGCCGCCGCGAGGGCCUCUCGUCGCGCUUUACCCUCCGCGAUCCGAUCAAAAUCCACCGUCGCCGCCACUCUCAACCAAAACACCACCCGGAAAGCCCACUCUGCGGCCACCGCUCCUAAAACCGCUCCUUCUUCUCCUGCCGUCCAGGCCAGCAAGAUCGAUGAGCUCGCGCCUAUCCGCAAGACCCCGUCCCAAGCCGAUGACUCCUUCGUCGGAUUGUCCGGUGGUGACAUCUUCCACGAGAUGAUGCUGAGGCACAACGUCGACACCAUCUUCGGAUACCCUGGUGGUGCUAUUCUCCCCGUCUUCGACGCCAUCUACAACUCCCCCCACCUGAAAUUCAUUCUCCCCCGUCACGAGCAGGGCGCCGGCCACAUGGCCGAAGGCUACGCCCGCGCCUCGGGAAAGCCCGGUGUCGUCCUCGUCACCUCGGGCCCCGGCGCCACUAAUGUCAUUACUCCUCUCCAGGACGCUCUUUCCGACGGUGUUCCCUUGGUCGUCUUCACCGGCCAGGUCGCCACCUCCUUGAUCGGCACCGAUUCCUUUCAGGAAGCCGACGUCGUCGGCAUCUCCCGCUCGUGCACAAAGUGGAACGUCAUGGUCAAGAACGUUGCCGAGCUUCCGCGGAGGAUCAACGAGGCCUUUGAGAUUGCGAUGUCUGGAAGACCAGGACCGGUCUUGGUCGAUCUGCCCAAGGAUGUCACGGCUGGUAUCCUCAACCGACCGAUCCCUACCCUGAACUCUCUCCCAUCGCAGGGACUCUCUGUCUCCGCGCUCGCGGCCUCGACCGAUGUCACCAACAAGGCGCUCAAGAACACCGCCAGACUCAUCAACCAGGCCAAGAAGCCCGUCAUCUACUGCGGCCAGGGCAUCACCGGCUCUCCCGACGGCCCGUUCCGUCUCCGCGAGCUUGCCGAGAAGGCUUGCAUCCCCGUCACCACCACUCUGCAGGCCCUUGGCGCGUUCGACGAGACCAGCGAAAAGUCCCUGCAUAUGCUUGGAAUGCACGGCAGUGCGUACGCCAACCUUGCCAUCCAGGAGGCUGAUUUGAUCCUUGCUCUGGGCGCCCGCUUCGACGACCGUGUCACCGGCACGCUUUCCAAGUUCGCCCCCGAGGCUCGUCGGGCAGAGGCUGAGGGCCGUGGUGGUAUUGUUCACUUUGACAUCUCGCCGAAGAACAUCAACAAGAUCGUUGACGUCACCGAGGCCGUCGAGGGCGAUGUCACCGAGAUGCUGGCGCAGCUUAUGCCGCUCGUCAACCAGGUCGAGUCGCGAGCCGAGUGGAUGGAGCAGAUCAGCACUUGGAAGAAGAAGUUUCCCUUUGACUACCAGAAGGAGACCCCCGGCGGGCUUAUCAAGCCGCAGACCGUCAUCUCUGAGCUCUCGCGCCUGACGGAUCCUAUCAAGGACAAGACCAUCAUCACCACCGGUGUCGGUCAGCAUCAGAUGUGGACCGCUCAGCACUACAGAUGGAAGUACCCCCGUACCAUGAUCACCUCCGGCGGUCUCGGUACCAUGGGCUUCGGUCUGCCUGCUGCCAUCGGAGCCAAGGUCGCCAAGCCCGACCAUGUCGUUAUCGACAUUGACGGUGACGCCUCGUUCAACAUGACCCUCACCGAGCUGUCUGCUGCCGCGCAGUUCAACAUCGGCGUCAAGGCCAUCGUACUCAACAACGAGGAACAGGGUAUGGUCACCCAAUGGCAGUCCCUGUUCUACGAGGACAGAUACGCGCACACUCACCAGACCAACCCGGACUUUAUGAAGCUCGCUGACGCCAUGGGCGUCAAGGGUAUCCGCAUUUCCAAGCUCGAGGAGCUAGAGCCCAAGCUCAAGGAGAUGCUCGCGUACGACGGUCCCGUCCUCGUCGAGGUCCUCGUCGACAAGAAGGUCCCUGUAUUGCCCAUGGUUCCCGCCGGCAAGGGACUCCACGAGUUCUUGGUCUACGACGCCGAGAAGGAGAAGGCGCAGCGCAAGUUGAGAGCUGAGCGUACCGGCGGCAAGCACAAUUAA